UUUACUAUUUACCUCUUUUCGAUUUCAUUAGACUGUAAAUUUCCAAUAUUUUUGGUAAUUAAUUGUAAUAUGUUUGGAUAAAGUUACUUCUUCAAGUUCAAGGCAAAAAUUUUAUGAAAUGUCUGUCAGUUGGAUAAAAUUUACCACACAAUAAAAAAUUCAUGAAGAAUUUAAGUUAUUAUUUUUAUCCAUUACUGUUAAUGAAUUAUGGAACUAAAUUUCAACGAUGAAAGUGAAUGUCAAGAAAAUGUUGAAACGAAUUCAGAAAAUUUCUCUAACAGAUAUAGAUUACCAAGAGCUAAUAAGUUUCAGUCAAAACAAAUAUGUGCCAAGGAGCAAAGAAAUGCAACAUUAAGAAAGAUAGCUACUAUUCUUCAAAAAAAUGCAGCAGAUCGUACUGCAGAUGAAGAAAAAAUACUUCUUGACUCGUCAGUCCAAGUAGAGGAAGUGUUAUCGAGAUGGAAAAAAAGAGAUGAAGUGAAGAAAAGAAUGGAGGAAUAUGAAGAUCCUCCUGAACUGUUGAAGACCAAAUGUGAAAAAUUGGCUCAAGCUAUUGCUCAGUCUCAACAUCUGGUUGUAUAUACUGGUGCAGGAAUAAGUACAUCUGCAAAAAUUCCUGAUUAUCGAGGACCUAAUGGCAUUUGGACGCGUUUGCAACAAGGGAAAGAUAUAGGAAAUCAUGAUCUAAGUUUAGCAGAGCCCACUUAUACGCAUAUGGCUUUAUAUGAAUUGUAUAAACGAAAUGUUCUCAAGUAUGUGGUUUCUCAAAAUUGUGAUGGCCUUCAUUUGAGAUCUGGAUUACCGAAAACUGCAUUAUCUGAACUUCAUGGUAAUAUGUACUUAGAGGUUUGUAAAAAUUGUAAGCCACAUGUAGAAUACUGGAGAACCUUUGAUGUAACAGAAAACACAUCCCGUUACUUCCAUAAAACAUCACGGAAAUGUUACAUGUGUAAUAGUCCUUUAGAAGAUACUAUAGUACAUUUUGGAGAGAGGGGUAAACUGCAAUGGCCCCUCAAUUGGAAAGGUGCUUGUCAAAAUGCAAGAAAAGCAACAACGAUUCUAUGUUUAGGUUCGAGUUUGAAGGUCUUGAAGAAAUACCCAUGGCUAUGGCAAAUGGAUAAACCAGUGAAAAGAAGACCUAAUUUGUAUAUAGUUAAUCUUCAAUGGACUCCGAAAGAUGACUGUGCAAAUCAGAAAAUUAAUGGAAGAUGUGAUGAGGUUAUGAAAGCUGUUAUGACUUGUUUAGGAAUAUCUCCACCGUCUUAUGACAGGAGCAGAGACCCCAUCUACUUCCAUUGCAGCAAAUUAUCAGUAUUAGAAAUGCAUACCACUUCACAACCAUUUUUAAAGGAUACCCCAAUAGAAGAAAUCAAAAAGGAGGAACCUUCCGAACCUCAAGUACAAAGCGAAGGAAAUGACAAAGACUGUAUAGAAAAUUGUAACAAUGAUCUCCUACAAAAUAAUACUCAUGACUUCUGUGAUAAAAAAAUAAAUAGCAAUAAGUCUAAUGAAGACUGCCAAGAAGUAAAAGCUGAAAGCAAUCAGUUCAGUAGUGCUUUUUCUAUUAGAAGUAUUUUAGAAAAUUCCAGUGUUCAAACAAAUUCAAUUUCUUCCAUUUCAGAUAGUCAACAAAUAAACAAUUUUGGUAGCUUAGUGACAUUCAUGCAUAUGAAUAAUGGUUGCAAUAGGUUUUUCCAGAAUGAUUACAUUUAUUAUACUUAUCCCUAUCAGUCCAGUUGGUUAUAUUCUGGUUUACACAGUAUUAUAAAUACAGUUCCUUAUUCAAAAGAGGCAAUUAAAGUUGAAAAGAUAGAAGUUAGCAGCCCCAAACCAAGUUGUGAAUAUUGUUAUGAUCAUUUAAAAUCUUUUUCAUGCUUAUUUUAUCCGCCCACAGAAGCCGUCUUUGUGAAACAACAGGUUCGAUACAGUAAAAUCGAAAAAAUAAAUAAACCAAAUAUUUGUGUAUGUUGUGAUUAUACAACAGAUGAAGAAGAUAAUAAAGAUCAGACUGAUAAGAAUAAAGUCCAACCUGGUUGGUUCGGGAAAGGUUACAAGAAAAGAAGAAGGAAAUGAUAGAAUUUAACAAAACAUAAAAACAUAAUUUAAAUGUUGUACGGGUUCCGAAAAAAAAAAGUUAAUGGGUGUAUGUUUUUUGACUUAAGCAUAAAUUAUGUAAGUGUAAAUGAAUUAGAUGUUCAUUCAAGUGAAUGAGACUUUUUUUAUUUAUUGUGUUCAAUGUCAAUGAACUGUAUUAUAAAUAUUGAUGUGA